AUGACCAUCCCCAAGGAGAUGCCCGAGAAAUGGCCCUGGGUGGCCGUGGCGACCACGGAUGCCCGCAGCCAGCUGCUUUGGGGGACAGAGGAGGAACGGCGCGUGAGGUCCAAUUCUCGAGAAUACAACGAAAAAUUUCAGUACGCGAGUAACUGCAUCAAGACGUCGAAAUACAACGUGGUCACUUUCCUGCCAAUCAACCUGUUUGAACAGUUCCAGGAAGUUGCAAACACUUACUUCCUCUUCCUCCUCAUUCUCCAGCUGAUCCCACAGAUCUCCUCCCUGUCCUGGUUCACCACGAUUGUGCCUUUAGUCCUCGUGCUGACCAUCACAGCCGUCAAGGACGCCACCGACGACUACUUUCGCCAUAAGAGUGACAACCAAGUGAACAGCCGACAUUCACAACUGCUGAUUAACGGGAUCCUCCAGCAAGAGCAAUGGAUGAACGUCCGGGUUGGUGAUAUCAUAAAAUUAGAAAACAACCAGUUUGUGGCGGCUGAUCUGCUUCUGUUGUCCAGCAGUGAGCCUCACGGACUUUGCUACAUCGAGACGGCUGAGCUGGACGGGGAGACCAAUAUGAAAGUCCGACAGGCAACCCCAGUGACGUCCGAGCUCAUUGACACCAACAAUCUUGCACACUUUGACGGAGAGGUGAUUUGCGAACCCCCUAAUAAUAAACUUGACAAAUUCAGCGGGAUGCUGUACUGGAAAGAGAGCAAGUACCCCUUGAGCAAUCAAAAUAUGUUGCUGCGUGGCUGUGUCCUUCGUAAUACGGAGUGGUGCUUCGGCCUGGUCAUCUUCGCAGGGCCCGAUACCAAAUUAAUGCAAAACAGCGGCCGCACGAAAUUCAAGAGGACUAGCAUCGACCGCUUGAUGAACACUUUGGUGCUUUGGAUUUUCGGGUUCCUGGUCUGCAUGGGGGUGAUCCUGGCCAUCGGCAACUCCAUUUGGGAAUACGAGGUGGGCGUCUGCUUCCAGAUUUAUUUGCCGUGGGACAAAGUGGUGGACAGCGCCUUCCUGUCGGGGUUCCUGGCCUUCUGGUCUUACAUCAUCAUCCUCAACACCGUGGUUCCCAUCUCUCUCUACGUCAGCCCCCAGUGUGGAGGUGAUUCGCCUGGGCCACAGCUACUUCAUCAACUGGGAUAA